UUAUAUCAGACACGCCUACAGGAGUACACGUACAUAAUUUGUAACUUACGUACUUUCCAAAAAGGCGGAAGCAUUUACGCCCCACUAGCACAAUCGAUCCGCGCUGCGGGACGGUGUACACUCGCCCAGUAGUCUCGCGCAGCCAGCCCCUCCUCCUUUUGACAUAUUGCGCAUCGUUAUGCUAAAGGCUGUUUUUGGCAUUGUUCUCUUUCUAGUGAUUGUCAUUUUAGUGACAUUAUAUUUCCUCUCUACAACUCAACACUCUAGAAUCGCCUCUAUCCAACCAUUGAUAUCGAUACAAUCGACACGUCUAGAUGUGGCGUCUAGAGGUGAGAAGCUAUUGAAAUUGAAGAGAAGACAAAGCGUAACGACAGACAUACACAAUGAGUCGCAAAUUACAAUUAUCGGAGUUGACGAAAGAGCUAAAGAAAUUUUUAGGAAAAGAAGGAAUGCGGUACGAGCUGUAUGUAAACAAACUGGAAGAAAGAAGCUUGGAGUGAGUGCACCUCAGAUGGACGACGUGUAUCACCACAUGAUUGUAGAUGACAAACACAAACUGAUCUAUUGCUAUGUGCCUAAAGCGGCUUGUUCCUCAUGGAAGCGUGUCAUGUUACGUCUAACAGGAGCCACUGAUACUAGAGCUCCACAUGAACGCAAAAAUCAUUUACUAAUGUCUGAUUUGCCAAAAUCGGAAAGAGAAAAGAGAAUGAAGACUUACAAAAAGUUCAUGGUUCAUCGAGAGCCACUUGGCCGUCUCCUCUCCGCUUAUUUUGAUAAAUUUGUGAGAGAUGAUGCAAUGAGAUUGACAUUUGGAAGGAAAAUUAUUUACCGGUACAGAAGUAAUCCUUCAAGACAUAGUCUGAAGUAUGGCAAUGAUGUCACAUUUAGAGAGUUUGCUCGUUUUGUAGUGGAUGUUGCACACAAAACACGAACGAUAGACAUGAAUGAGCAUUGGCGUUCACAAGUGAAGCUUUGUCAGCCUUGUACUGUCGACUAUAAUUAUUACAGUGAGAUGGAGACUGUGGAGAGGGAUGCAGAGGCAUUACUCAAGAUCGUUGGUGCACCGACUCAUAUCAAGUUUCCUCAUUCACACAAAACAAAUUCAGCUCAAAAUGUGACUCAGUUUUAUGGUGACCUAGGCAAGAAUCUUAUUCUAAAACUGCUGGCUGUUUACAGAGAAGAUGUUGCUAUUUUUGGCUACAAUAAAUUUAAAGUCUAUUAGAAAA